GGUGAGAGUCUUUUGACAACAAUAAUAGGUAUUACAUCGUUAAAACAUGAUGACAAUUAUAACUUUUUCGUCAUUAUAGAUCAUCGAAAGGUAAAUUACCGAGGUGUAUAGUGAUAGGUGCAGUUUAGGGUACUGUAAAUUGUGGGUUCGGAGUUUAGGGGUAGAGCGCCAGGAUGGCGAUGACGCAGGCUAAAAGACCGCGCGAGGACGACGUGCUCGAGUGCUAUCUGUACCCUCGUUUUUGCUACUCCUUGACUGCCGAUCAGGUCACUGAGGGUAUGCUCAAGGAUGAGAUUGACAAGUUUCAAAAGGACGUGGAGCCUUUCAUCAAGGACUACCUGUGGCACAGGGAUAACUUGAGCUUCAAGCCCAGGACAAAGCAGGCCCUCCAAUUCGACAGUGUCAUCGAGGGAUCGUCCAGGGCGACUGAUUUUGAAUUGCUACCGCAUAUACACGUUUUACUGAGAUUCGAUGAAGACAUAGGGGACGAGUGGUUUGUUGUCUUUCUGAUAAUAAACCUGACAAAGAAGUACGAAGGCCUCAUCGCAAGAAUGGUUGACUCUGAUGGUGAAUUUCUCCUCAUCGAAGCAGCUGAUGUGCUUCCGGUCUGGGCUACUCCAGAAACUUGUCACGAACGAGUUUUCAUUAUGAAUGGUGCUGUGCAUGUUGUUCAGGACAAACAAAAAAUAUGUAUAAACAUUUUGAACAGUGUUUACCAACGUUCCCACAUAUUUAAAAUGUCGGACAAAGUUCAGGCAACCAUUCAAAAAAGGAUCAGUAUUUAUCCUGAAGAAACGGAGAGAAGAAAGCACAAAGCCAGAGCUUAUCUACCAGAGAAAGCUGCCUAUAUGCUGAGAAGAGAACCGAGGCUCAUAGCUUCAGCUGUAAGAACAGUUGGUCAUUCGGAUCCUUUGGAGAGAAAAGUUUGCAGGGCUAUGCGAUACUUUCCCCCCGAGCAAAGAGUCAUGGCAAAUGUCAAAAUGACCAAGUGCUUAUAUGCCAUGGCUGUACAUUGCAGAUACACAGGUGAUCCGCGAACUGGUUGGAACCUUCCACCCUCUAAUAGCCCUAAAUACAACGCUUAUCUUCUCGGCAUCAAAAUAGCCUGUGGUCUAGAGAUGCUGGUAGCUCGAGCGCAUGAGGAAGAACGCAAAUGCCGGGAUCGGCAGUCAUCCGGUGAUUCUUCUUGUGUAAACGAGGAGGCUUGGACGGCCUUUUUUCGACGUCUAGACGCCAGUGGUUACUUUCGCGAACUUUUAGAAGGUAGCAAAGAAAAGGAAGAGCUGCUGGUGAAGGCAAAAUCAUACUAUGAACGACAUUUGGCCCAAGCGAACAAAAGGGUUGAAACCAAUGAAGGCAAGAGGCUAAUCGAAAUCUACAGGGAUAUUCAAAGUAACGACAUGGAGAUGGAAGCUGAAGAGGUGUGUACACUAAGUCCCGAGGAUAGUGACAGUUGGCUGAAUGUCGACCCAGCGCAGCUGGAGGCAAUGCUCGGGCAGCAGUUUGGAAUAUCUGGCAAGGAAUCGGAGAAUCCGCUUGGACUUCAAGACAAAGUUAAAGCCUUUAUCAACCAAAAAAGUGGAAUUGAAGGUGUACAGUUCUUGGGAGAUAAAGAGGAAAACGAUGAGAAGGUGGAUGUAGAGGAUAAUGGUCGUAUUGAUUUCGAUCCGGACGUUUUUGAUACGGCACUACGAGAUAUUCUCGAUUUAGUGGUGCCAGGAGGUGAUGGUGAAUUUGACGGUAGCUCCGAAGGUUCAUUAGGUGGAGAUGACGAGGACCAAGGUGGUGAAAUGGACAAAUACAUGCGUUUAUUAGACUCACAGUUGCAGCAACAACUCAUUAGUGACAGCAAUAGUCGUGAGAAACAACAGGUGCCUAAUAGUGAAGAGGUUGAGGCUAAUUUACUAGGUAGUAUACAAGAAGAAGCUGGAGGUUCUGGGCCCUUGGGAAAUAUUCUUGGCGGGCCUGUUGAAAGACUCAAGCAUCUAAAACAAAAUUUACUAGAUGUGCCACUAAAGGAGUCAAAAGACUAAGUGACUUUAUUGGCAAGAGUUCGGUUGGAAACUAGAUGAUUUUUUUUAAAACGAAUGUUUUUUUUUAAGCUUGAUUACAAUGUGUGUAUAAUAAAGUAUAAAUAAUUAAAUCAUUACGACAUAUCAUAUAUCUGUCUAAUUACAUAAUAUUUUUGGAAUAUUUUUUUCUAAAAGUAAAAUGAUUUAACUUCAGCAAUUUUUUGCUAUU